GGCGAGCCAUCCGUGGCUAUACGGCACGUGAAAGGUCUCUGUACAGAACUAUAUUGCGCAUUCGGGCUGUUGUGGAAGAAUCUUCUGGGUUCGGCCGCCAUGGGGAAGGUGAAUGUGGCCAAGUUGCGUUACAUGAGCCGGGAUGAUUUCAGGGUCUUGACCGCGGUUGAAAUGGGCAUGAAGAACCAUGAAAUAGUUCCCUGCAGUUUGAUUGCUUCUAUAGCCAGCCUUAAACACGGUGGCUGUAAUAAAGUUUUAAGAGAAUUAGUGAAACAUAAACUGAUAGCUUGGGAGCAUACCAAAACUGUCCAGGGCUAUCGGUUGACAAAUGCAGGCUAUGAUUACCUAGCUUUGAAAACACUUUCUUCUAGACAGGUAGUUGAAUCUGUUGGAAACCAGAUGGGUGUUGGCAAAGAAUCAGAUAUCUACAUUGUUGCAAAUGAAGAAGGACAUCAAUUUGCGUUAAAGCUUCACAGACUAGGAAGAACCUCCUUUCGAAAUCUGAAAAACAAGCGUGAUUACCAUAAACACAGACAUAACAUGUCUUGGCUUUAUUUAUCUCGUCUCUCUGCCAUGAAGGAAUUUGCUUAUAUGAAGGCAUUGUAUGAAAGGAAAUUUCCAGUUCCAAAGCCAAUUGAUUACAAUCGCCACGCAGUGGUUAUGGAACUCGUGAAUGGCUAUCCUUUAUGUCAGAUACACCAUGUUGAAGAUCCUGCAUCGGUAUAUAAUGAAGCUAUGGAACUGAUUGUCAAACUUGGAAGUCAUGGGCUAAUUCAUGGCGAUUUCAAUGAAUUCAAUCUCAUUUUGGAUAAAGAUGACCACAUCACCAUGAUUGAUUUUCCACAGAUGGUUUCAACUUCUCAUCCCAAUGCUGAAUGGUAUUUUGACAGAGAUGUUAAAUGCAUUAGAGAUUUCUUCAUAAAACGUUUCAGCUAUGAAAGUGAGCUUUAUCCAACCUUUCGUGAUAUCAGGAGAGAGGACUCUCUUGAUGUAGAGGUUUCUGCCAGUGGCUACACAAAGGAAAUGCAGGCAGAUGAUGAACUGCUUCAUCCAGUAGGUCCAGAUGAUAAAAAUAUUGAAGCAGUAGAAGGAUCUGAAUUCUCAUUUUCUGAUGAAGAGGUGUCAGAAAAAGCAAAGGUUUGUAGGUCAGAAAAUGAAAGUGAUGGAGACCCUGGAGAUGAAUCAGAUGGCUGCUGUUACACGUCACCUGGAAACCUUGAACAAGUGAUGGAAGACGGUCUAUCAGAGGAAAGUGCUGAUGCACACAGUUUUGAAAUGACUGAAUUCAGUCAAGCUUUAGAUGAAAUAAAAGGGCAGGUUGGUGAAAACAAUUCUGUAACUGAGUUUUCUAAGGAGAAAAACAAAACUGAAAACGGCACCAGACAAGAUAGUCAGACGGGUCAGGAAGGAAUCCCUGCUGGCUCGGAGGAAUAUGAAGACGAAUGCCCUCAUCUGAUUGCCUUGUCGUCAUUAAACAAAGAAUUCAGGCCUUUCAGAGAUGAAGAAAAUAUGGGACAUGUUACUCAAUAUAGAACAAGAACUCUGAGUGUUACUUCUGCAGGCAGUGUUGUAAGCUGUUCAACAAUUCCCCUGGAGCUGGUAAAACAGAAGGUGAAACGUCAGUUGACAAAACAGCAAAAAGCAGCUGUCAGACGUCGACUGCAGAAAGGAGAAGCGAAUAUAUUUACUAAACAACGGAGAGAAAACAUGCAAAAUAUUAAAUCAAGCUUGGAAGCAGCUAGCUUUUGGGAAGACUAACAAAUUUAAGAUCUUAGAUAUUUCUGGUAUAUUUGGGAAAAAGUUACCAUGAUCCCUUUUUAAGCCACCUUUAAUUUUUUUUAGGGCUAACAUUAAAUAAAUAAAUAAAUAAAUAAACCCUUUUUUCCGUUAUAAA